AUGUGCCGUGGUCUGGAGACCGACGGUGAGGCUGUCGCUCCCACUGAGUUGCCUUCGCAACUCAAGACGACGGCUGAGCUGUCUGACAAGAACCCUGAGUCAGAAAAUGGAGUCUGUGGAAGUGAGUCUCCUGCUUUCACCUUCACGGCAGAGCCUGGCGAGCCAGAAGGCCUGAAUCUUCCGGCAGUAGAUGAACGAGCGGGCGGCCCAGAGGCAGAAGCCAUUCACCACCUUGCUUCAGCCCACGACCUGGAGCAGGGCCCCGGCGAGUUGCUUUUGAAACCAGAGGAGCUGGACCCCACAUCCGCUUUGCGAUCCCGCCAUCUGCGGUGCAUGGAGAUCUUGGUGGAGCAGCGUUACGCGACUGAAGUGCUUGAAGAGAAGCUUCAGGAAGAACGAGAGCGCAGGCAGACGGCGGAGGAACAGGUCAAGAACAUGCUGGACAUAAUCCAGUCUCUAUCACACGGCACAAGGGUGCCCGAGCUGGAAAGCAAACUUUCCAAGCAAACAGUUCGAUGUGCCUAUCUUGAAGACGAUAUACAGCAGCGUAAUCAGAAGCUCUCCUUGGCAGAGGAGGCCAUUGAUUCAUGGAAGGAACGCUAUCAGUCGUUAAUGAUGAAGCACAAGAAGCUGCAGGGUGAGUACGACAAGCGCUACAAAGAGCUUGAGGCUCUGCACCUGGAGCGCCUCGUGGAGUGCACCAAGAUCUUCGAGGCAAUCAAGCUAAAGCAGCAGAAGCAAAGGGAAGCCGAGGAGCGAUCCUCCGUUCAAACUGCAGCCAGUUCCGCCAGCUCACAAGAGGAGGAGGGUGCAUCCUUAUCCUCGGAAGCUGAAGAUGUCGAGGGCCAG